AUGGGGGCCACUGAGGAGUACGGGGUACCUACAGAGGAUUGUUCUGGCCAUCUGCACUGGGCAGGUGGCAGGAGAGACGCAGUUUUGGGUGUCCAGCCCAAAGCCUGGGGUGGUAAGAAGCCUGUGGAGCCUAAGGCGUUUCCAAGGAGGAGUCAGUAUCCCAAAUCCCCUCCCUGCAGCCCUUGCCAGCCUCCCAUGCUCCUCUCUGCCCCGGGCAGGGACAGCAGAAGCAUUUGGCUUGCGAGUGAGGGACUGCGGACACCCAGGACGGCCACGUGUGCCUCGCGGGGUUCGGGGGUGGUCCGGGGCGCACAGGUGCAACAGGCCCAGCCCUCGGCUCCCCUGGCAGCCGGGCAGUUCCCAUGUGGGAGUGCAGUCUCCUCUCCACUCCCGCACAUUCCAAAGCGCUCAGAGCCAGAUGUGCCUCCCCCAGGGAGGGUCCACCCAGCUCCAGUCUGGUGGUACCAGCCCCUGAGCAGGAAGGUGUGCGUGGAAGUCAGGGGCUUCAAAGAAGGGGACAGCUACUACGUGGGCACCGAGAAAUGCCAGCUGACCUUUGCCGGCAACGAACCACUGCUUCCCCCAGGGCGGGCCCUGCCUCUCUGGGAAGCUCAGCAAGGCGUGUCCUCACCACCCUCCCAGGAGCCAGGGCUGGGCUGGGCCAGGUUCAGUCACUGGGACUUGUUCAGGGCUGAGGAGCACGGCCGGGGCGGCCAGGCAGGAGCAUGGGCUGGGGGGGCCCUGCACACCCGGGGCGCCGGCGCGGGCACCUGCUGGCUCUGGCUGCGAGCCUCCUCCUCGUCUGUGCGCCAGGAUGGGUGCAGAGAUGGCCAGGCACUCCUUCCUUCGUGCACUGCCCCCCUGGCCUCGGCACCUGUGCCUGGCUCUGAGGUAGGAAACGGGGCCGCCACAGAGCCCAGCUUCCAGGAGCUUCUGGUCACGCGGGGCACAAGGAUGAGCAGAGGAGCACUGGCGGCUGGGGAGUUCCUGCGCUGCAGGGUGGCUUUGGGGUUGGCAGGGAUUUCUAUGGGCACUGAUGGGACUGUGGUGUCCAUCACUAACUUUUCCACAUAUGAAAAUUCCUCAUGGCUGAACAGUGACCCUUCAACACCUGUGACAGUGGUGGACUCUGCAGGGACUCAGGAAUCCGUGACAACCACCAGCAGUGAGCUCAGUGAGGGAGCACAUGGAGACACCACAUGGUCAACAAGUGACUCUGCAUCUCUGAUGACUACCAUCAGCCUGGGAACCACAGUGCCAGCAGAAUCAUCUACAGAAAUGGCAGUAGUUACAAAUAACACCUCCCACUCCCCAUAUCCAGUUACAGCUCGGGCCACUGCAUACGCUGAAACGCCAGAAAGGACAAGCCAGUCAAGAGGAACAAUGUCCUUCCUCCACCCAGAGGCAACUUCCACAGGGAAUGUCCAGCAAGUCAGCUCAGUCCUGACUUCCAAAACAACUGAAGUGGACUUGUCCACUGACAAGUGGCUUGGCUCCACUGAGGGAAUUGCAAUGGACACACAUUUCCCCUCCAGCACAUCUUCCACUGGCCUUCAGGACUUUGAAACAAGUUUAGUUAUAACCCCCAAGAUAGCCACAAGCUCAGUGACAGAGAAAUCUGGACUUGAAACCAGGACAUGGGUCAGCACUAUGGUCACUCCUUUCACUGCCUUCAGUAAAAAGGCAAUGACAGCUGAAUGGCCUUCAGGUGGAUCUGUGGAUGGGACUUAUUCGUCUGCUAGCCCAUGGUCAAAGCAGACAGCUAGGAAUGGCCCAACACUGAGUGCCUCCCCUGUGGAUCCAGACACAGCUUUUACCACCCUCCCUUCUGAUGGGUCAGAAGGCUCAACCACUAUCAGCCUCAUCAGGAUGACAAGAGAGAAAACUGGCUCCUCUAUAUCUGCUACCUCCCCUUCAGUGGGGCCUAAGUCUGAGUCCAUCACAGGACUGGAGACCACUGAAACUGCAUCUCCACCUGAGGCCCUUUCUGUGACAUCAUCUCCUACAGAACUAACAAGCAAGGGUGGGACCCCCACUGUGAGGGUCAUCACCUCUAGCCCCAAGGGAGCAGGGUCAGUUUCAACUGUAAUGCCUAGCCCACAGAGGAAGUCCAGAACCACAGACAGCACCCAAGCACCAGAGACCUCUCCAUGGACUGUCACAGACACAGCUGCCCACUUCCAUGCCACUGGCUUGCCCAAAGACACUUCUACAGGCAGGACACUUGCUUCCUCAGCUGUGGCUGUUGCAACAGCUGAACAACAGUCAAGUAUAUCUGUGGGUGAGGCUUAUUCAUCUGCUAUCACACGGUCAGAGAAGACAACUGAAAGUGAUCUGCAUGAUGCGUCUCCAGAGACCACAGACACAUUGCAUCUAACCUCCAUAGAACAAACCACAUCACCAUCUCUGACCUUUAAAAGUCAAGCCAUUACCAGCCCCCCCAGUGCCUCAGGAGGAAAAAUGAGCUCUUUACCAUCUAUCAUACUUCCUUCAAUGGGAUCUAAGACUCUGGUGGCCAUCACAAAUGUAGUGACAAGUGAUGCUCCCUCUAGGACUGGACUACUGUCACAGACCUCAUCUCCUGCAGAAAUGAGCACCGUGGGUGUAACCACACCUCCCACUCCAGAUGUUACCACCACCAUCACCACCAUGGGAACCAAUCCAGUCCUGACUACCAUGUCUGACUCAGAGAGGACAGUGAGCACUCUGGCCACAGAGACCAGCACAUCUGCCCUAGAGCAUCCUUCCACAUGGUCACCUACAACUGCUUCUGCCCCAACAUCAGGCCUUUGGAGUUUUAAAAAAAUAACUUCAGUUUUGCAAGUCACAGGUUCCCCUGAAACAAAUUCUGCAAUGGGCACUACUUCAUCCUUAGCAUCAAGCACUGAAUCAGGCUCUACAUCUACUCCCCAUGACAUUGCGACUAUCACUGGAACCAGCUUACCCAUUCCAUCUUCUCAUGCUUCAGCUGAAGAGAUGAAGUCCACAGGUAUGAGAACAUUCAGUCAUUCAGACACGACGGCAUCUAUGCCCAUCUCAACUACUUCUGGUACCGAAAGGAUGAGACCCUCAUCUCCUCAUAUUUUAAGCACAAGUUGGACUACUAGUAGAAGAGAAACAUUUCUACCUGUUUCAGUGGUUUCUACUGACCAUUCAAAUGCAAAGUCUGAUUCUCUGCCCACUCUUGACUGGGCUACUGGGAUAUUUGUGUCAUCAGCCACAACCACUACCUCAGUUCCUCAAGGGGACACAACUCAAACAUUCCCUGUGGAGAACAUAAUCAGCUCGACUACCUCACAACAGCCACUAUUUACAACAGAAAUGACAAGUGGGGUCACACCUGCAUAUGUGGAAAGUAGUUCUAGAGUCACGUUCUCAUGGAAGCUAGACAAUGUCAGCAAAGAAGCAGAGCAGAAUUCUACCCAGGUUUCUGCCACAAUAUCUGAAAGCACAUCCCAGAAAACUGGCAUUACCAUGAGGAAAAACACUGUAACGUCUGAAGUGCCCACUGAGACUACUAAGGAGGACUCCUCUGAAAGGAUGUUAACCAAUGGCCCUGCAUUGACCACAAUAUCAUCAAACAUCCCAAAAGAAAUGAACACCAGGCUCUCUACCUCCCCCAGCAUGGCAGCUAUAACCAUGGCUGGCAAAACUAUCAUACCUGGGCCCUCAUCAGAGAGCACACAAACCACAGAUGCAUCAUUCAUAGUCUCCAGGACAGAGAGUCACAUGGCUGAGACUGAGGGUUCAGGACAGACAGACAUGACCAUUAGCAUGCACACAGGAUCUGAGAGGGUGCCACAGACAAGCCCUUCCUAUGAACAUCACACCAGAUCCCCAUCUUCCCUGGUGCCUUCACAUGCCAUGAGCUUGACUUAUCUAACAUCCCACACAUCACAGACCGGUGGCCUUUCUGCACCUGUUCCUGCCACCUUACCUGGACACUAUGACCCACUGAUGACCACUGGCAGUUGGACAACAAGCAUGGCACCUGUGACAAGUACACCUUCAGAUCCGAUCAGCACCUCAGAAGGGAUACAGGCCACUUGGGAAACCUCUACUGCCACAGCGGACGUCCAAGAUUCCAUUAACACAAAGGUAACCAGUGUGGGGACCAUCACUUCCACACAGGAGUCCCACUCCUCUGCACCCCCUAGCUCAGAGAACCAUAAAGAAACUACUCCAAUCAUCACCUCUUACCUAAAUGAGGACUCCAUGGACUCCACACCAUCGCCUGACAUAUCUGACACCACCAAGCUUGAGACACAGUCAAAGUCACCCCUGUCUCUGGAGCCAACAGGCACCAGCACUGUGCAGCACACCAGCAUGGCCAGGGAAAACACAAUUGUACCUUUGGGGCUGUCCCCUGCUAGUCCUACUAUGGCCUCCUUGACAGAUGUCAUCUCCUCUAGUGGGAUGUCUGACUCUGGCCCUACUCAGUCCACAAUGUCACCAGACAUUCCCAAGAGUAUUAACACCAGGCUCUCGACCCUCCUUGUCACGACAGUGUCUGCAGAUAUAGCCAUGGCCACAAAAACAGUCCUCUCUGGGGUCUCAUCUCAGGGCACAGGAACCACAGAUGUAUCAGCUACAGCCUCCUGGGCAACGAGUCACAUGGUUGGGACUGAGGGCUCAACACAGUCACACAUGACCAUUAGCAUGGACACAGAGUCUCAGGGGGUGUCACAGACAAGCCCUUCCUCUGAAGUCGACAUCAGAUCCCCAUCGUCCCUGGAGCCCUCGCAUGCCAUGAGCUUGACUUCGCUAGCAUCCCCCACAUCACAGACCAGUGACCGUUCUUCACCUGUACCUGCCAGCACACUUGGAGUCUCUGACCUGCUGAAGCCCACCAGCGAGUGGACCACAAGCACGGCACCUGUGACAAGUUCACCUUCAGAUUUGAUCAGCACCUCAGAAGGGAUACAGGCCACUUGGGAAGCCUCUACUGCCACAGUGGACAUCCAGCAUUCUGACCACACAGCAGUGACCACUGUGGGGAACAUCACUUCCACACAGGAGUCCCAAUCCUCUGCCCUCCCUGGCUCAGAGACCCCCAAAAGCACCACUCCAAUUGUCACCUCUUCCUUCAGUCAAGACUUAAUGAUAUCCACAACAUUGCCUGGCCUUUCUGAAACCAGAGAGUUUGAGACACCGUCAAAGUCAUCCCUGUCUCCAGAGCCAAGGGUCACCAGCACCGUGGGCCACACCAGAAUGGCCACCGGGAACACAACUGUCCCUCAUGAGCAGUCCACUGCUAGUCCUACUGUGGCCUCCAUGACACAUGUCAUCUCCUCGAGCCAGGUGUCUGACUCUGGCCCUACUCAGUCUACAAUAUCACAAGACGUUUCCAUGAGUGUCAACACCAUGGUGUCUACCUCCCCUGUCCUGACAGUGUCUGCAGAUAAUGCCAAAACAGUCUUUCCUGGGGCUUCAUCACAGGUUGCAAGAACCACAUCUGCUUCAGCCCUGGCCUCCCAGGCAGAGAGUCAAACGACUAGGACUGAGGGCUCAACACAGUCACACAUGACCAUUAGCAUGGACACAGCGUCUGAGGGGGUGCCACAGACAAGCCCUUCCUCUGAAGUCGACAUCAGAUCCCCAUCGUCCCUGGAGCCCUCGCAUGCCAUGAGCUUGACUUCGCUAGCAUCCCCCACAUCACAGACCAGUGACCGUUCUUCAUCUGUCCCUGCCACCUCACUUGGAGUCUCUGACCGGCUGAAGACCACCAGCGAAUGGACAACAAGCAUGGCACCUGUGACAAGUUCACCUUCAGAUUUGAUCAGCACUUCAGAAGGGAUACAGGCCACUUGGGAAGCCUCUACUGCCACAGCAGACAUCCAAGAUUCCAGUAACACAGAGGUAACCAGUGUGGAGACUGACACUUCCUCACAGGGGUCACAAUCCUCUGCUCCACCUGGCUCAGAGACCACCAAAGGCACCACUCCAAUUGUGAUCUCUUCCCUCAGUCAGUCCUCCACAGUCUCCACACCAUUGCCUGGCCUUUCUGAAGCCACAGAGCUGGAGACACAGUCAAAGUCAUCUCUGUCUCUGGAGCCAACGGACACCAGCACCAUGCCUCACAACAGCAUGGCCAGGGAAAACAUCACUGUCCCUUCUGGGCCGCCCACUGCUAGUCCUACUAUGGCCUCCAUGACAGAUGUCAUCUCCUCUAGAAGGACGUCAGUCCCUGGCCCUGCUCAGUCCACAAUGUCACCAGACAUUCCCAAGAGUAUUAACACCAGGCUCUCGACCUUCCCUGUCACGACAGUGUCUGCAGAUAUAGCCAUGGCCACAAAAACAGUCCUCUCUGGGGUCUCAUCUCAGGGCACAGGAACCACAGAUGUAUCAGCUACAGCCUCCUGGGCAACGAGUCACAUGGUUGGGACUGAGGGCUCAACACAGUCACACAUGACCAUUAGCAUGGACACAGAGUCUCAGGGGGUGUCACAGACAAGCCCUUCCUCUGAAGUCGACAUCAGAUCCCCAUCGUCCCUGGAGCCCUCGCAUGCCAUGAGCUUGACUUCGCUAGCAUCCCCCACAUCACAGACCAGUGACCGUUCUUCACCUGUACCUGCCAGCACACUUGGAGUCUCUGACCUGCUGAAGCCCACCAGCGAGUGGACCACAAGCACGGCACCUGUGACAAGUUCACCUUCAGAUUUGAUCAGCACCUCAGAAGGGAUACAGGCCACUUGGGAAGCCUCUACUGCCACAGUGGACAUCCAGCAUUCUGACCACACAGCAGUGACCACUGUGGGGAACAUCACUUCCACACAGGAGUCCCAAUCCUCUGCCCUCCCUGGCUCAGAGACCCCCAAAAGCACCACUCCAAUUGUCACCUCUUCCUUCAGUCAAGACUUAAUGAUAUCCACAACAUUGCCUGGCCUUUCUGAAACCAGAGAGUUUGAGACACCGUCAAAGUCAUCCCUGUCUCCAGAGCCAAGGGUCACCAGCACCGUGGGCCACACCAGAAUGGCCACCGGGAACACAACUGUCCCUCAUGAGCAGUCCACUGCUAGUCCUACUGUGGCCUCCAUGACACAUGUCAUCUCCUCGAGCCAGGUGUCUGACUCUGGCCCUACUCAGUCUACAAUAUCACAAGACGUUUCCAUGAGUGUCAACACCAUGGUGUCUACCUCCCCUGUCCUGACAGUGUCUGCAGAUAAUGCCAAAACAGUCUUUCCUGGGGCUUCAUCACAGGUUGCAAGAACCACAUCUGCUUCAGCCCUGGCCUCCCAGGCAGAGAGUCAAACGACUAGGACUGAGGGCUCAACACAGUCACACAUGACCAUUAGCAUGGACACAGCGUCUGAGGGGGUGCCACAGACAAGCCCUUCCUCUGAAGUCGACAUCAGAUCCCCAUCGUCCCUGGAGCCCUCGCAUGCCAUGAGCUUGACUUCGCUAGCAUCCCCCACAUCACAGACCAGUGACCGUUCUUCAUCUGUCCCUGCCACCUCACUUGGAGUCUCUGACCGGCUGAAGACCACCAGCGAAUGGACAACAAGCAUGGCACCUGUGACAAGUUCACCUUCAGAUUUGAUCAGCACUUCAGAAGGGAUACAGGCCACUUGGGAAGCCUCUACUGCCACAGCAGACAUCCAAGAUUCCAGUAACACAGAGGUAACCAGUGUGGAGACUGACACUUCCUCACAGGGGUCACAAUCCUCUGCUCCACCUGGCUCAGAGACCACCAAAGGCACCACUCCAAUUGUGAUCUCUUCCCUCAGUCAGUCCUCCACAGUCUCCACACCAUUGCCUGGCCUUUCUGAAGCCACAGAGCUGGAGACACAGUCAAAGUCAUCUCUGUCUCUGGAGCCAACGGACACCAGCACCAUGCCUCACAACAGCAUGGCCAGGGAAAACAUCACUGUCCCUUCUGGGCCGCCCACUGCUAGUCCUACUAUGGCCUCCAUGACAGAUGUCAUCUCCUCUAGAAGGACGUCAGUCCCUGGCCCUGCUCAGUCCACAAUGUCACCAGACAUUCCCAAGAGUAUUAACACCAGGCUCUCGACCUUCCCUGUCACGACAGUGUCUGCAGAUAUAGCCAUGGCCACAAAAACAGUCCUCUCUGGGGUCUCAUCUCAGGGCACAGGAACCACAGAUGUAUCAGCUACAGCCUCCUGGGCAACGAGUCACAUGGUUGGGACUGAGGGCUCAACACAGUCACACAUGACCAUUAGCAUGGACACAGAGUCUCAGGGGGUGUCACAGACAAGCCCUUCCUCUGAAGUCGACAUCAGAUCCCCAUCGUCCCUGGAGCCCUCGCAUGCCAUGAGCUUGACUUCGCUAGCAUCCCCCACAUCACAGACCAGUGACCGUUCUUCACCUGUACCUGCCAGCACACUUGGAGUCUCUGACCUGCUGAAGCCCACCAGCGAGUGGACCACAAGCACGGCACCUGUGACAAGUUCACCUUCAGAUUUGAUCAGCACCUCAGAAGGGAUACAGGCCACUUGGGAAGCCUCUACUGCCACAGUGGACAUCCAGCAUUCUGACCACACAGCAGUGACCACUGUGGGGAACAUCACUUCCACACAGGAGUCCCAAUCCUCUGCCCUCCCUGGCUCAGAGACCCCCAAAAGCACCACUCCAAUUGUCACCUCUUCCUUCAGUCAAGACUUAAUGAUAUCCACAACAUUGCCUGGCCUUUCUGAAACCAGAGAGUUUGAGACACCGUCAAAGUCAUCCCUGUCUCCAGAGCCAAGGGUCACCAGCACCGUGGGCCACACCAGAAUGGCCACCGGGAACACAACUGUCCCUCAUGAGCAGUCCACUGCUAGUCCUACUGUGGCCUCCAUGACACAUGUCAUCUCCUCGAGCCAGGUGUCUGACUCUGGCCCUACUCAGUCUACAAUAUCACAAGACGUUUCCAUGAGUGUCAACACCAUGGUGUCUACCUCCCCUGUCCUGACAGUGUCUGCAGAUAAUGCCAAAACAGUCUUUCCUGGGGCUUCAUCACAGGUUGCAAGAACCACAUCUGCUUCAGCCCUGGCCUCCCAGGCAGAGAGUCAAACGACUAGGACUGAGGGCUCAACACAGUCACACAUGACCAUUAGCAUGGACACAGCGUCUGAGGGGGUGCCACAGACAAGCCCUUCCUCUGAAGUCGACAUCAGAUCCCCAUCGUCCCUGGAGCCCUCGCAUGCCAUGAGCUUGACUUCGCUAGCAUCCCCCACAUCACAGACCAGUGACCGUUCUUCAUCUGUCCCUGCCACCUCACUUGGAGUCUCUGACCGGCUGAAGACCACCAGCGAAUGGACAACAAGCAUGGCACCUGUGACAAGUUCACCUUCAGAUUUGAUCAGCACUUCAGAAGGGAUACAGGCCACUUGGGAAGCCUCUACUGCCACAGCAGACAUCCAAGAUUCCAGUAACACAGAGGUAACCAGUGUGGAGACUGACACUUCCUCACAGGGGUCACAAUCCUCUGCUCCACCUGGCUCAGAGACCACCAAAGGCACCACUCCAAUUGUGAUCUCUUCCCUCAGUCAGUCCUCCACAGUCUCCACACCAUUGCCUGGCCUUUCUGAAGCCACAGAGCUGGAGACACAGUCAAAGUCAUCUCUGUCUCUGGAGCCAACGGACACCAGCACCAUGCCUCACAACAGCAUGGCCAGGGAAAACAUCACUGUCCCUUCUGGGCCGCCCACUGCUAGUCCUACUAUGGCCUCCAUGACAGAUGUCAUCUCCUCUAGAAGGACGUCAGUCCCUGGCCCUGCUCAGUCCACAAUGUCACCAGACAUUCCCAAGAGUAUUAACACCAGGCUCUCGACCUUCCCUGUCACGACAGUGUCUGCAGAUAUAGCCAUGGCCACAAAAACAGUCCUCUCUGGGGUCUCAUCUCAGGGCACAGGAACCACAGAUGUAUCAGCUACAGCCUCCUGGGCAACGAGUCACAUGGUUGGGACUGAGGGCUCAACACAGUCACACAUGACCAUUAGCAUGGACACAGAGUCUCAGGGGGUGUCACAGACAAGCCCUUCCUCUGAAGUCGACAUCAGAUCCCCAUCGUCCCUGGAGCCCUCGCUUGCCAUGAGCUUGACUUCGCUAGCAUCCCCCACAUCACAGACCAGUGACCGUUCUUCACCUGUACCUGCCAGCACACUUGGAGUCUCUGACCUGCUGAAGCCCACCAGCGAGUGGACCACAAGCACGGCACCUGUGACAAGUUCACCUUCAGAUUUGAUCAGCACCUCAGAAGGGAUACAGGCCACUUGGGAAGCCUCUACUGCCACAGUGGACAUCCAGCAUUCUGACCACACAGCAGUGACCACUGUGGGGAACAUCACUUCCACACAGGAGUCCCAAUCCUCUGCCCUCCCUGGCUCAGAGACCCCCAAAAGCACCACUCCAAUUGUCACCUCUUCCUUCAGUCAAGACUUAAUGAUAUCCACAACAUUGCCUGGCCUUUCUGAAACCAGAGAGUUUGAGACACCGUCAAAGUCAUCCCUGUCUCCAGAGCCAAGGGUCACCAGCACCGUGGGCCACACCAGAAUGGCCACCGGGAACACAACUGUCCCUCAUGAGCAGUCCACUGCUAGUCCUACUGUGGCCUCCAUGACACAUGUCAUCUCCUCGAGCCAGGUGUCUGACUCUGGCCCUACUCAGUCUACAAUAUCACAAGACGUUUCCAUGAGUGUCAACACCAUGGUGUCUACCCCCCCUGUCCUGACAGUGUCUGCAGAUAAUGCCAAAACAGUCUUUCCUGGGGCUUCAUCACAGGUUGCAAGAACCACAUCUGCUUCAGCCCUGGCCUCCCAGGCAGAGAGUCAAACGACUAGGACUGAGGGCUCAACACAGUCACACAUGACCAUUAGCAUGGACACAGCGUCUGAGGGGGUGCCACAGACAAGCCCUUCCUCUGAAGUCGACAUCAGAUCCCCAUCGUCCCUGGAGCCCUCGCAUGCCAUGAGCUUGACUUCGCUAGCAUCCCCCACAUCACAGACCAGUGACCGUUCUUCAUCUGUCCCUGCCACCUCACUUGGAGUCUCUGACCGGCUGAAGACCACCAGCGAAUGGACAACAAGCAUGGCACCUGUGACAAGUUCACCUUCAGAUUUGAUCAGCACUUCAGAAGGGAUACAGGCCACUUGGGAAGCCUCUACUGCCACAGCAGACAUCCAAGAUUCCAGUAACACAGAGGUAACCAGUGUGGAGACUGACACUUCCUCACAGGGGUCACAAUCCUCUGCUCCACCUGGCUCAGAGACCACCAAAGGCACCACUCCAAUUGUGAUCUCUUCCCUCAGUCAGUCCUCCACAGUCUCCACACCAUUGCCUGGCCCUUCUGAAGCCACAGAGCUGGAGACACAGUCAAAGUCAUCUCUGUCUCUGGAGCCAACGGACACCAGCACCAUGCCUCACAACAGCAUGGCCAGGGAAAACAUCACUGUCCCUUCUGGGCCGCCCACUGCUAGUCCUACUAUGGCCUCCAUGACAGAUGUCAUCUCCUCUAGAAGGACGUCAGUCCCUGGCCCUGCUCAGUCCACAAUGUCACCAGACAUUCCCAAGAGUAUUAACACCAGGCUCUCGACCUUCCCUGUCACGACAGUGUCUGCAGAUAUAGCCAUGGCCACAAAAACAGUCCUCUCUGGGGUCUCAUCUCAGGGCACAGGAACCACAGAUGUAUCAGCUACAGCCUCCUGGGCAACGAGUCACAUGGUUGGGACUGAGGGCUCAACACAGUCACACAUGACCAUUAGCAUGGACACAGAGUCUCAGGGGGUGUCACAGACAAGCCCUUCCUCUGAAGUCGACAUCAGAUCCCCAUCGUCCCUGGAGCCCUCGCAUGCCAUGAGCUUGACUUCGCUAGCAUCCCCCACAUCACAGACCAGUGACCGUUCUUCACCUGUACCUGCCAGCACACUUGGAGUCUCUGACCUGCUGAAGCCCACCAGCGAGUGGACCACAAGCACGGCACCUGUGACAAGUUCACCUUCAGAUUUGAUCAGCACCUCAGAAGGGAUACAGGCCACUUGGGAAGCCUCUACUGCCACAGUGGACAUCCAGCAUUCUGACCACACAGCAGUGACCACUGUGGGGAACAUCACUUCCACACAGGAGUCCCAAUCCUCUGCCCUCCCUGGCUCAGAGACCCCCAAAAGCACCACUCCAAUUGUCACCUCUUCCUUCAGUCAAGACUUAAUGAUAUCCACAACAUUGCCUGGCCUUUCUGAAACCAGAGAGUUUGAGACACCGUCAAAGUCAUCCCUGUCUCCAGAGCCAAGGGUCACCAGCACCGUGGGCCACACCAGAAUGGCCACCGGGAACACAACUGUCCCUCAUGAGCAGUCCACUGCUAGUCCUACUGUGGCCUCCAUGACACAUGUCAUCUCCUCGAGCCAGGUGUCUGACUCUGGCCCUACUCAGUCUACAAUAUCACAAGACGUUUCCAUGAGUGUCAACACCAUGGUGUCUACCCCCCCUGUCCUGACAGUGUCUGCAGAUAAUGCCAAAACAGUCUUUCCUGGGGCUUCAUCACAGGUUGCAAGAACCACAUCUGCUUCAGCCCUGGCCUCCCAGGCAGAGAGUCAAACGACUAGGACUGAGGGCUCAACACAGUCACACAUGACCAUUAGCAUGGACACAGCGUCUGAGGGGGUGCCACAGACAAGCCCUUCCUCUGAAGUCGACAUCAGAUCCCCAUCGUCCCUGGAGCCCUCGCAUGCCAUGAGCUUGACUUCGCUAGCAUCCCCCACAUCACAGACCAGUGACCGUUCUUCAUCUGUCCCUGCCACCUCACUUGGAGUCUCUGACCGGCUGAAGACCACCAGCGAAUGGACAACAAGCAUGGCACCUGUGACAAGUUCACCUUCAGAUUUGAUCAGCACUUCAGAAGGGAUACAGGCCACUUGGGAAGCCUCUACUGCCACAGCAGACAUCCAAGAUUCCAGUAACACAGAGGUAACCAGUGUGGAGACUGACACUUCCUCACAGGGGUCACAAUCCUCUGCUCCACCUGGCUCAGAGACCACCAAAGGCACCACUCCAAUUGUGAUCUCUUCCCUCAGUCAGUCCUCCACAGUCUCCACACCAUUGCCUGGCCCUUCUGAAGCCACAGAGCUGGAGACACAGUCAAAGUCAUCUCUGUCUCUGGAGCCAACGGACACCAGCACCAUGCCUCACAACAGCAUGGCCAGGGAAAACAUCACUGUCCCUUCUGGGCCGCCCACUGCUAGUUCUACUAUGGCCUCCAUGACAGAUGUCAUCUCCUCUAGAAGGACGUCAGUCCCUGGUCCUGCUCAGUCCACAAUGUCACCAGACAUUCCCAAGAGUAUUAACACCAGGCUCUCGACCUUCCCUGUCACGACAGUGUCUGCAGAUAUAGCCAUGGCCACAAAAACAGUCCUCUCUGGGGUCUCAUCUCAGGGCACAGGAACCACAGAUGUAUCAGCUACAGCCUCCUGGGCAACGAGUCACAUGGUUGGGACUGAGGGCUCAACACAGUCACACAUGACCAUUAGCAUGGACACAGAGUCUCAGGGGGUGUCACAGACAAGCCCUUCCUCUGAAGUCGACAUCAGAUCCCCAUCGUCCCUGGAGCCCUCGCAUGCCAUGAGCUUGACUUCGCUAGCAUCCCCCACAUCACAGACCAGUGACCGUUCUUCACCUGUACCUGCCAGCACACUUGGAGUCUCUGACCUGCUGAAGCCCACCAGCGAGUGGACCACAAGCACGGCACCUGUGACAAGUUCACCUUCAGAUUUGAUCAGCACCUCAGAAGGGAUACAGGCCACUUGGGAAGCCUCUACUGCCACAGUGGACAUCCAGCAUUCUGACCACACAGCAGUGACCACUGUGGGGAACAUCACUUCCACACAGGAGUCCCAAUCCUCUGCCCUCCCUGGCUCAGAGACCCCCAAAAGCACCACUCCAAUUGUCACCUCUUCCUUCAGUCAAGACUUAAUGAUAUCCACAACAUUGCCUGGCCUUUCUGAAACCAGAGAGUUUGAGACACCGUCAAAGUCAUCCCUGUCUCCAGAGCCAAGGGUCACCAGCACCGUGGGCCACACCAGAAUGGCCACCGGGAACACAACUGUCCCUCAUGAGCAGUCCACUGCUAGUCCUACUGUGGCCUCCAUGACACAUGUCAUCUCCUCGAGCCAGGUGUCUGACUCUGGCCCUACUCAGUCUACAAUAUCACAAGACGUUUCCAUGAGUGUCAACACCAUGGUGUCUACCUCCCCUGUCCUGACAGUGUCUGCAGAUAAUGCCAAAACAGUCUUUCCUGGGGCUUCAUCACAGGUUGCAAGAACCACAUCUGCUUCAGCCCUGGCCUCCCAGGCAGAGAGUCAAACGACUAGGACUGAGGGCUCAACACAGUCACACAUGACCAUUAGCAUGGACACAGCGUCUGAGGGGGUGCCACAGACAAGCCCUUCCUCUGAAGUCGACAUCAGAUCCCCAUCGUCCCUGGAGCCCUCGCAUGCCAUGAGCUUGACUUCGCUAGCAUCCCCCACAUCACAGACCAGUGACCGUUCUUCAUCUGUCCCUGCCACCUCACUUGGAGUCUCUGACCGGCUGAAGACCACCAGCGAAUGGACAACAAGCAUGGCACCUGUGACAAGUUCACCUUCAGAUUUGAUCAGCACUUCAGAAGGGAUACAGGCCACUUGGGAAGCCUCUACUGCCACAGCAGACAUCCAAGAUUCCAGUAACACAGAGGUAACCAGUGUGGAGACUGACACUUCCUCACAGGGGUCACAAUCCUCUGCUCCACCUGGCUCAGAGACCACCAAAGGCACCACUCCAAUUGUGAUCUCUUCCCUCAGUCAGUCCUCCACAGUCUCCACACCAUUGCCUGGCCUUUCUGAAGCCACAGAGCUGGAGACACAGUCAAAGUCAUCUCUGUCUCUGGAGCCAACGGACACCAACACCCUGUGGUACACCAGCAUGGCCAUGAAAAACACCACUUUCCCUUCCGAGCUGUCUACUGCUAGUCCUCCUGUGGCCUCCACGACAGAUGUAUUCUCCAUGAACAGGAUGUCUCUCCCUGGCCCUGCUCAGUCUACAAUGUCACCAGACAUUUCCAAGAGUGUCAACACCAUGGUCUCUACCUUCCCUGACCUGACUGUGUCUGCAGAUAAUGCAAUGGUCACCAACACAGUCCUCCCUGGGACCUCAUCACAGGGCACCCAUUCCUUGGCUGUAUCAGCCACGGCCUCCUGGGCAGAGAGUCACAAGGUUGGAACUCAGGACUCAUCACAGUCACAUAUGACCAUAAACAUGGACACAGGGUCUGAGGGGGCACCACAGACAAGCCCUUCUGAACUCAACAGAUCACCAUCUUCCCUAGUACCUUCACAUUCCAUGAGCUUGACUUCUCCAGCAACCCACACAUCGCAGACCAGUGGCUUUUCUACACCUGUCCCUGACACCUCACCUGGAGCCCCUGAUUUGCUGACGACCACCGGCGGAUGGACCACAAGCUUGGCAACUGUGACAAGUUCACCUUCAGAUUUGAUAAGCACCUCAAAUAGGAUACAGUCCACAUGGGAAUCCUCUACUGCCACAGCAGAAACCCAGGGUUCUGACAACACAGUGGUAACCAGUGUGGGGACCAUCAUUUCCACACAGGAGUCCCACUCCUCUACCCCAAUUGUCUCAGAGACCCCCAAUGUCACCACCCCAAUCAUCACCUCUUUCCCCAGUGAGGACUCCACAGUCUCCACACCUUUGGCUGGCCUUUCUGAAACCACGGAGUUGGCAACACAGUUAACAUCAUCCCUGUCUCUGGAGCCAGGGGACACUAGCACCAGGCAGCACACCAGCGUGGUCAGAGAAAACAUCACAGUCCACACUGAGAUCUCCACUGCUAGUCCUACUGUUGCCUCUAUGACAGAUGUCAUCUCCUCUAGCAAGAUUUCCGUCCCUGGUCCUACUCAGUCCACCAUGUCACCAGACAUUCCCACAAGUAUACACACCAGGCUCUCCAGCUUACCUGUCAUGACAGUGUCUGCAGGGAUAACCAUGGCCACCAAAACAGUCCUCCCAGGAGCCUCAUCACAGGGCACACGAAGCACAGAUGCAUCAGCCACGUCCUCCUCGGCAAUGAGUCAUACAGUUGGGACCAAGGACUCAACACAGACACACAUGACCAUUAGCAAGGACGCAGAGUCUGAGGGGGUGCCCCAGACAAGCCCUUCCUCUGAACAUGAUGUCAGAUCCCCAUCUUCCCUGGAGCCCUCACAUGUCAAGAGCUUGACUUCGCUACCAUCCUUCAUAUCACACACCAAUGGCCGUUCUUCACCUGUCUCUGCCACCUCACUUGGAGUCUCUGACCUGCUGCAGACCACCAGCAGAAGGACCAUAGACUUGCCACCUGUGACAAGUUCACCUUCAUAUUUGAUCAGCACCUCAGAAGGGAUACAGGCCACAUGGAAAACCUCCACUGCUACAGUGGAAAUCCAGCCUUCCCCCAACACAGCACUGAGCAGCAUGGGGAUCAUCACUUCUUCCCAGGAAUCCUCUUCCUCUGCCCCACCUAGCUCAGAGACCCCCAAAGGCACCACUCCAAUCAUUACCUCUUUCCUCAGUCAGGACUUGAUGAUCUCCACAUCAUUACCUGGCAUUUCUGAAACCACAGAGCUUGAGAAACAGUCAAAGUCAUCCCUGUCUUUGGAGCUAGGGGACACCAGCACCCAGCGCCACACCAGCAUGGCCACAGAAUACAUGACUGUCUCUCAUGAGCUGUCCACUGCUAGUCCUACUAUGGCCUCCAUGACAGAUGUCAUCUCCUCGAGCAAGAUGUUUGUCCCUGGCCCUGCUCAGUCUACAAUGUCACCAGAUAUUUCCACAAGUAUCAGCACCAUGGACUCUACCUUCCCUGUCCUGACAGUGUCUGCAGAUAAUGCAAUGACCACCAAAACAGUCCUCCCAGAGGCCUCAUCACAGAGCACACAAAGCACAGAUGCAUCAGCGACGAUCUCCUUGGCAGAGAGUCACACGGCUGGGACUCAGAAUUCAGCACAGUCACACAUGACAAUUAGCAUGGACACGGGGUCUGAGGGGGUACCACAGACAAGCCCUUCCUCUGAACACCACACCAGAUCCCCAUCUUCCCUGCUCCCUUCACAUGCCAUGAGUUUGACUCCUCUAGCAUCCCCCACAUCACAGUCCCUUGGCCUUUCUGCACCUGUCCCUGCUACGUCUCCUGGAGCCCGUGGCCCGCUGACCACCACUGGGGGAUGGACCACAAGCUUGGCACCUUUGGCAAGUUCACCUUCAAUUGGGAGCAGCACCUCAGAAGGGAUACAGGCCACUUGGGAAGCCUCUACUGCCACAGCAGACAUCCAGCCUUCUGACAACACAAUGGUGACCAGCGUGGGGACCAUCACUUCCGUACAGGAGUCCCACUCCUCUGCCCCAGUUGGCUCAGAGACUCCCAAAGGCACCACUCCAAUCAUCACCUCUUCCCCCAGUGAAGACUCCAUGGUUUCCACACCAUUGCCUAGCCUUUCUGAACCCACAGAGUUGGAGACCCAAACAGUGUCAUCCCUGUCUCCAGAGCCAGGGGACACCAGCACCAUGCAGUACAGCAGCAUGGCCACGGACAACAUGACUGUCCCUUCUGAGGUGUCCACUGCUAGUCCUACAGUGGCCUCCACAUCUGAGGUUAACUCGUCUAGUAGGAUGUCUGUUCUUGGCUCUGCUCAUUCUACAAUGUCACCAGAUGUUUCCACGAGUAUUGACACCUUGGUCUCUACCUUCCCAGUCCUGACAGUGUCUACAGAUAUAGCCAUGGCCACCAAAAGUAUCCUACCUGGGGCCUCAUCACAGGGAACACGACCCACGGAUGCAUCAGCCAUGGUCUCCCUGUCAGAGAGUCACACAGCUGGGACUCAGGGUUCAGCACAGUCAGACAUGACCAUUAGUAUGGACACUGUGUCUGAGAGGGUACCACCGACAAGCCCUUCCUCUGAACACCACACCAGAUCCCCAUCUUCCCUGGUCCCCUCACAUGGCAUGAGCUUGACUUCUUUAGCUUCUCCCACAUCUCAGACCAGUGGCUUUUCUACACCUGUCCUUGACACCUCAUCUGGAGCCCCUGACCCGCUGAAGACCACCGAUGGAAGGACCACAACCUGGGCAGCUGUGAGAAGUUCACCUUCAUAUUUGAUCAGCACCUCAGAAGGCAUACAGCCCACUUGGGAAGCCUCUACUGCCAUAGAGGACAUCCAGCAUUCUGACAACACAGUAGCGACCAAGGUGGGGACAAUCACUUCCCCACAGGAAUCCCACUUUUCUGCCUCACCUGACUCAGAAGCCCCCAAAGCCACCCCUCCAAUUGUCACAUCUUUCCUCAUUCAGGACUCGACAAUCUCCACACCAUUGCCUAGCCUUUCUGAACCCACAGAGUUGGAGACCCAAACAGUGUCAUCCCUGUCUCCAGAGCCAGGGGACACCAGCACCCUGCGGUACACCAGCAUGGGAAUGGAAAAGGUCACUAUACCUUCUGAGGUGUCCAUUAGUAUUCCUACUGAGGCCAGCAGGACAGAUGUUACCUCCUCGAGCAGGCUGUCUGUCCCUGGCCCUGCUCAGUCUACAAUGUCACCAGACAUUCCCACGAGUAUCGACACCAGGCUCUCCACCUCCCCCAACAUGGCCCUUAUAACCCUGGCCACCAAAGCACUCUACCAUGUGGCCUCAUCACAGGGCACACGAAGCACAGAUACAUCAGCAACAGUCUCCUUGACAGAGAGUCACACAGCUGAGACUCAGAGCUCAGCACAGUCAGACACGACCAUUAGCAUGUACACAGGUUCUCAGGGGGUGCCCCAGACAAGCCCUUCCUCUGAACACCACACCAGAUCUCCAUCUUCCCUGGUCCCUUCACAUGCCAUGAGCUCGACUUCUCUAGCAUCCCCCACAUCUCAUACCAGUGGCUUUUCUGCACCUGUCCCUGCCACCUCACCUGGAGCCCCUAGCCUGCUUACAACUACAGGAGGAAGGACCACAACCUUGGCACCUGUGACAAGUUUAUCUUCAGAUUUGAUCAGCACCUCAGAAGGGAUAAAGGCUACUUGGGAAUCCUCUACUGCCACAGCAGACAACCAAAGUUCCAUCAACACAGUGGUGAGCAGUGUGGGGACCAUCACUUCUAUCCAGGGGUCACACUCCUCUGCCACACCUGGCUCAGAGAUCCCCAAAGGCACCACUCCAAUUGUCACUUCUUCCCUUAGUCAAGACUCCACAGUUUCCACACCAUUGACUGGCCUUUCUGACACCAACGAGUAUGAGACACAGUCAAAAUCAUCCCUGUCUCCAGAGCCAAGGGUCACCAGCACCGUGUGGCACACCAGCAUGGCCACAGAAAACACGACUGUCCCUUCUGAGCUGUCCACUGCUAGUCCUACUGUGGCCUCCAUAACAGAGGUCAUCUCGUCUAGCAGGAUGUCUGUCCCUGGCUCUGCUCAGUCUACAAUGUCACCAGACGUUUCCUCGAGUAUUGACACCAGGCUCUCUACCUUCCCAGUCCCGACAGUGUCUGCAGAUACAGCCAUGGCCACCAAAACAGUUCCCCCCGGGGCCUCAUCACAGGGCACACAAACCAUGGGUGCAUCAGCCACGGUCUUCCUGUCAGAGAGUCACACAGCUGGGACUCAGGGCUCAGUACAGUCAGACAUGACCAUUAGCAUGGACACAGCAUCUGAGGGCCUGCCCCAGACAAGCCCUUCCUCUGAACAGGACAUGAAAUCCCCAUCUUCCCUGGUGCCUUCACAUGCCAUGAGCUUGACUUCUCUAGCAUCCCCCAUAUCACAGACCAGUGGCUUUUCUGCACCUGUCCUUGCCACCUCACCUGGAGUCCCUGAACCGCUGAUGACCACUGGAGGAUGGACCACAAGCUUGGCACCUGUGACAAGUUCACCUUCAGAUUGGAGCAGAACCCCAGAAGGGAUACAGGCCACUACUGAACCCUCUACUGCCACAGUGGAAAUCCUGCGUUCUGACAACACAGCAGUGGCCAGUGUUGGGACGAACCCUUCCGCACAGGAGUCCCACUCCUCUGCCCCACCUGGGUCAGAGACCCCCAAAGGCACCACUCCAGUUGUCACUUCUUCCCUCAGUGAGAAAUUCAUGGGCUCCACACAGUUGCCUGGCCUUUCUGAAGCCACAGAGUCUAAAUCACCCCUUAGUAUGGAACCAUGGGAAACCAGCACCUCUAGGCCCACCUACCAGGCCAUAGAGAAAACUACUCUCCCUUCUGAUGUGUUCACCAGUAAUGCUGUCGAAUCCUCCAAAACAGGGUCUGCUGGUAUAACCUCCUCUCCAGAACCCAAGCUUUCCAUGUCUGUGUCAGAAAUUACUUAUCACCUGAGCACCGUAAAGCUGUCUUCAGGUGAGGCCAUUUCAACUGACACAUCGGUGCCUUCUCUGUCUGCAGCUACAGUCACAUCUGGAGUUUCAGGUGCCAGCCCAGCUGCCUUCUCAUCCAGUUCAUUUUUGAGAACAGAACCAGGCCCUGAAGAUGCCAUGUCCACCAUUGCAGAGAGUCUACUUUCAUCAGCUUCAAUACCAUUUCCCUCUUCGACCUUCACUACUGCUUAUUCUUCAAUCAGCCCAGCCCCUCAGGGAAUUACUUCCUCACUGGUUACCCAGCGUACAGUGGGCACCAACAUCGGGACAGAGAAGAGCACUGCUGAACAACCCUUGGCUGUGGUCAGUACUUUGGAAACAUGGACUGAACCAGUCAAGACAUCUUUGUCAUCCAAUGUGGAUACCAGAAUAACAGAACAAAUUCACUUGGAAGCAGUGACAAGUCCUUCUCAACUUCCUGUAAAUUCAACACAGUUGACAAGGACUGAUGGCAUCGUGGAACGCAUCACAAAGAUACCCAAUGAAGCAGUCCAUGGAGGUGCCACAGGACCAAUCCAUGUCCAUGUGUCACCCACAUCAUCUGCUAGUCCUAGAGGACUACCAACAGAGUGGACAGAAAGAGCAGAGAUCACAGCUCUGAAGCCCACCUCUACAGCAACUUUGACCACUACAGUCUCUACUCCCACUUCCGGAAUGCUGACUCUCCUCGGGACAUCAGGUAAAACGGCCAGCACAAGCACAAGAAGAACAAUUAUUACAGCCCCAGAUGUUUCCCCUGAUGUUCUAGAAAUGACAGCUUCAUUGGCCACCAGACCUGAAGCAGAGACCAGCACAGAGGUUCCCAGGACAACCUCAUCUGUCUUCAAUAGAGGGUCAGAAACCACACCGUUACUGGUCCUGAGUUCCGAAGCAAAGAACAGUUCACCUGUUCCAACUCUGACUGUUUUCUUUGGUGAGCCAGAGGCCACAACCUCAUGGGUCACUCAUCCUGCAGAAACCAGCUCAACUGUUUCCAGGGAAACCCUGAAUGCUUCCCACAGUGAAUCAUAUAGCAUACCCCCAACCAGUUCUGGGGAAGACAUCAGUUCAGCUGUUCCAACUCUGACUGUCUUCCCUGGUGUACCAGAAAUUGUGACCUCACUGGUGACCAGUCCUGGAGCAGAGACUAGUAUGGCUAUUUCAACUCUGGCUGAUUCCCAAGAUGAAUCAGAGACCACUGCCUCAUGGGUCACUCAUCCGGGAGUACAGAGCAGUUCAGCCAUUCCAACUUCACAUGUCUUCCCUGGUGAGCCAGGGCUGGUGACCUCACUGGAUACUAGUUCUGGAGUGGAGAUCAGCCCAGCUGAUCACACCCUGACUAUUUCUCCUGGUGAGCCAGAUACAAUAGUCUCAUUGGUUACCCAUUCUGGGGCACAGACUGGUUCAGCCAUUCCAACUCCAGCUGUCUCUCCUGGGACAGAAACUAUUUCCACUAUUACAACUUUGACUGUUUCCCCUGGUGAACCAAAUACAACAGCCUCAUGGCCUCAUUCCAAAGAGAACAGCACAUCUGUUUCCAGGAUAACUCCAAAUUUUUCCCAAAGUGAAUUAGACACUGUACUUUCUAUGGCCACCACUUCUGGAGCAGAAGCCAGCUCAACCACUCCAGCAAUUACUGUCUCACCUGGUAUACCAGCUAUGGUGACCUCACAGGCCACUAGUUCCAGGACAGAUGCCAGUACAACCUCUUUGACUCUGACUGAAUCCCUGCAUGAAUCAGAUACAACAGUUUCCUUGGUCACCCAUCCUGCAAUGUCCAGCCCAAUGGUUCCUAGGACAAUCCCCAAUGUUUCCCAUAGUGAAUCAGAAAGUGCACCCUCAACAGCCACCAGCCUUGAGACAGAAGCCAGUUCAGCUGUUCCAACUACAUCUGUCUCCCCUGGUGUACCAGAUAUAGUGACUUCACAGGCCACCAGUUCUGGGACAGAUGCCAGUAUGGUUAUUUCACCUCGAACUCUUUCUUCUGGUGAACCAACAAACACAGUCCCAUGGGUUAAUCAUUCUGGAUCACAGACCAGUUCUGUUCCAACUCUGACUGUCUCCCCUGGUGUAUCAGGGGUGGCAACCUCACUGGUCACCAGUUCUGGGGCAGAGACCAGUACAACUUUUCUAACUCUUACUGAUUCCUCACAUGAUUCAGAUACAACAGCCUUACAUGUCACCCAUUCCACAAAGACCAGCACACUUGUUUCCACAAUAACUCCAAAUUUCUCCUACAGUGAAUCAGAUACCUCACUCUCAACAGCCACAACUCCAGGGGUAGAAGUCAAUUCACUUCCAGCUAAAACUAUCUCAUCCAGUGUGCCAGGGUUAGUGACCUUACUGGUUACCAGUUCUGAAGCAGAAACCAAUACAACUUUUUCAAGUCUAACUAAUUCUCUGCAUGAACUAGAGACCACAGCCUCAUGGGUCACCCAUCCUGAGAAAGAAGCCAGUUCAGCUGUUCCAGCUCUGCCUUCUUCCCCUGGGGAGUCAGAUACAGCAGUCUCAUUGGUCAACCAUCCUACAGAGACCAGCCCAGCAGUUCCCAGGACAACCCCCAAUAUUUCCCAUAGUGAACCAUAUACCACACACUUGAUGGCCACCAGCCAUGGGACAGAAGCCAGUUCAAUUGCUCCAGCUCCAACAGUCUCUCCUGGUAUAACAGAUAUGGUUACCUCCUGGUUCCCUAGUUCUAAGACAGAUGCCAAUAUGACUAUUCCAAGUGUGACACUUUCUCCUGGUGAACCAGCAACUACAACCUUAUCAGUCACCCAGUCCAGUGCAAAGACAAGCACAACUGCUUUUCCUCAUUUACCAGAGACCAUAGCCUCAUUAUCUAUCCAACCCGAGUUGGAGAUCAGUGCAGCUCUUCCAACUCAGACUGUUUCCUUCAGUUCAGCAGAAAAAACAUCCUUCGCCACAUCUGUGACCAAGACCAGCAGAGUUCAUCUAGGCCCAACUGUCUCACCUGGUGUUUCUGCAGAAACAGCCUCACUCUCCACAGGUCCUGGCACAGACACCAGCACUAGUUCAACUUCAACUCUUUCCCCUACUUUUUUGGCAACCACAGGCUUACUGGCCACCAGCCCUGCAUCAGAUGCCGGCACAGGUAUCUCAACGUUGACUGCUGGUGUUCUUGGGCUUGUCAGUACCCCUGAAACCACCGGCGAGCCUUAUACCUUAACUUCCUGGGGCACAGAACCAUCAUCACCUGUGACAUCAGUUGGACCCCCUGAAUUGUCCAAGACUGUGACCUUGAGAGCAUCAGAGACCCCAAUACCACCUAAAACAAGCCACAGGGAAGGAUUGAGUGCAACUACUGUCCUGAAAACCACAAUUCUUGAAACCACUAAUUUAGCCGCUACAGGUUCAGGCCCCACCAUGGCAGAGACCACAACUACCUUCAGUACAAUGGCAGGAAGUUCCUUUGUCGCUGAGACCUCACCUGAGAUGUCCACCUUGGCCUCUCUGAGUGUUACUUCAGAAACAACUGCAGUUCCUUUCUUGACACCUUUUACCAUCAACUUCACCAUCACCAACCUGUACUACACAGAGGACAUGGAAAACUCGGGCUCUGAGAUAUUCAAUGCCACUGAGAAAGACCUGCAGCGCCUGCUCAGGAUUUUGUUCGAAAACAGCAGUGUUGGCUCCCUCUACGCUGGCUGCAGGCUGACCUUGCACAGGGCUGAAGAGGAUGGAACAAGCACCAGAAUGGACGCAGUCUGCACCUACCGCCCAGAUCCCACAGGCUUUAGGCUGGAUAGAAAGCGGCUGUACUGGGAGCUAAGCCAGCGGACCCAUGGUGUCACUCGGUUGGGCUCUUACACCCUGGACAGGGACAGUCUCUGUGUCAAUGGUUAUAACCAUCAGUACAGGAUCCCCACCACCAGCACUCUGCUGACUUCCACAUUCUCUCCAGGACUCCCUACAUCUCUGCCUCCCACUCCCAGCUCUACAGGUGUGGGUCCAGCCCUGGUGCCAUUUACCCUCAACUUCACCAUCACCAACCUGUUCUGCACCCCAGACAUGAAGCACCCAGGCUCUAUGAAGUUCAACUCCACUGAAAGGGCCCUGAAUCGCCUGCUUGGCCCCUUGUUCAGGAAUACCAGUGUUGGCCCACUGUACUCUGGCUGCAGACUGACCUUGCUCAGGACUGAAAAAGAUGGAGCAGCAACUGGAGUGGAUGCCAUCUGCACCUAUCAUCCGGACCCCAUGGGCCCUGGGCUGAAUAGAGAAGAAUUGUACCAGCAACUCAGUCAGCUGACCCAUGGUGUCACCUUGCUGGGAACCUACACCCUGGACAAAGACAGUCUCUAUGUCAAUGGUUAUAACCAUCGGUACCAGACCCCUACCACCAGCACUCCAGUGACUUCUACCUUCACUCCAGAAUCUUCCACAACUCUGUCCUCCAUCCUCAACUCUACAGGUGUAAGCCUAUCUCUGGUGCCAUUCACCCUCAACUUCACCAUCACCAGCCUGCGCUACACAGAGGACAUGGGGCUCCCAGGAUCUGAGCUAUUCAGCACCACAGAGAGGACCUUGAAUCGUCUGCUCAAACCCUUAUUCCAGAACAGCAGUAUUGGGCCCCUCUAUAAUGGCUGCAGACUGACCUUGCUCAGGCCGGAGAAAAAGGGAACAGCCACUGGAGUUGAUGCUGUCUGUACUUACCACCCUGACCCUGUGGGCCCUAAGCUAGACAGAGAGAAGCUAUACUGGGAACUGAGCCAUCAGACCCAUGGUGUCACUCAGCUGGGCUCCUUCACCCUGGACAAGAACAGCCUCUAUGUCAAUGGUUACACCCACCAGAUCUCAGCUCCCACAUCCAGUGCUACUGUGACCUCCGUGCUCUUUCCAAGGACCUCAGCGGUGCCAACCCACUUCUCUAGCUACACAGCAGCAGUCCCUUACCUGGUGCCAUUCACCCUCAACUUCACCAUAACCAACCUGCGCUACGAAGAAGACAUUCAGCAUCCAGGCUCUUGGAAAUUCAACUCCACGGAGAGGAUCCUGCAGGGUCUGCUCAAACCCCUGUUCAAGAAUAGCAGUCUGAGUUUCCUCUAUUCAGGCUGCAGACUGGCCUCACUCAGGCCUGAGAAGGAUGGGGCUGCCACCAGAGUGGAUGCCAUCUGCAUGUAUCGCCCUGACCCUGAAGGCCCUGCACUGGACAGGGAGCAGCUGUACUGGGAGCUGAGCCGGCUGACCCAUGGAAUUGCCCUGCUGGGCCACUAUACCCUGGACAGGAACAGUCUCUGUGUCAAUGGUUUCACCCAUCAAAGCUCUGCACCCAUCGCCAACACUCCAGGGACCUCCACAGUGGACCUAGGAACCUCUGGGACUCCAUCUUCCGUCCCCAGCUCCAGCCCCACGGUUGGAAUUGCCUCUACCAUCUCCUCAACAACUUCAGCAACCCCCACUUCCAUUUCCACAGCCACUGGUCCGACCCUGGUGCUGUUCACUCUCAACUUCACCAUCACCAACCUGUCCCAUGAAGAGGAUAUGGUUCCUGGUUCCUGGAGGUUCAACGCCACCCAGAGAAAGCUGCAGGGCCUGCUCGGACCUUUGUUCAAGAACACCAGUCUGGGCCCCCUGUACUCCGGCUGCAGACUGACCUUGCUCAGGCCCGAGAAGGAUGGGGCAGCCACUGGAGUGGAUGCCAUCUGUACCUACCGCCCUGACCCCAUGGGCUCUGGGCUGGACAGAGAGCGGCUGUACCAGGAGCUGAGCCAGCUGACCAGAGGCAUCACUAGGCUGGGUAUCUACACCCUGGACCCAGACAGUCUCUACAUCAAUGGUUACACCCGCAAGACCCAGGCCACCACCCCCAGCACUUCUAUGGUGGCCACAGUUUCUGCAGGGAUGCCAGCCUCCUUCUCCAGUCACACAGCUGCUGGCCAUGCCCCAGUGCCCUUUACCCUCAACUUCACCAUCAUCAACUUGCACUACACGAAGGACAUGCGGCCGGGCUCUGCGAAGUUCAACUCCACCCAGUCAGUUCUACAAGGCCUGCUCAAGCCGUUGUUUGCCAACAGCAGCAUUGGUUCACUCUACACUGGCUGCAGAGUGACGGCACUCAGGCCUGAAAAGGGUGGAUCAGCCACUGGAGUUGACGCUGUUUGCACUUACCAACCUGACCCUUCGGGUCUCCAGCUGGACAGGGAGCGGCUCUACUGGGAGCUGAGCCACCAGACCCGUGGUGUCACUCAGCUCGGUUCCUACUUCCUGGACAGGGAUAGUCUCUAUGUCAACGGUUAUACCAGACCACCACUGACCUUCAGCCCCAGUGUCCCUGUGACUUCCACGCCCUCAGAAACCUCGGCGGCUCCAAUCUCCUCCAGCCCUACAGUCUCUGGACCCGACCUGGUUCCAUUCACCCUUAACUUCACCAUCACCAACCUGCACUACACGGAGGACAUGCAGCUAAUAGGCUCAGCCAAGUUCAACAAAAUAGAGAAGAUCUUGCAGAACCUGUUCAGACCAUUAUUCAAGAACACCACUGUUGGCUCCUUCUACUCUGGCUGCAGACUGACCUCGCUCAGGCCCGAGAAGGCCGGAGCAGCCACCCACGUGAAUGCCAUCUGCUUCCGCCGCCUGGAGCCUGCAGGCCCCGGGCUGGAUAGAGAGCAGCUGUACUGGGAGCUGAGCCGGCUGACCCAUGGCGUCACCUGGCUGGGCCACUACACCCUGGAGCAGGACAGUCUCUGUGUCAAUGGCUACACCCACCAGACACCAGUGACCGCCCCCAGUGCCACCGGACAACCCCUGGUGCCAUUCACCCUCAACUUCACUGUCACCAACCUUCCCUACACGGAGGACAUGCAGCCUCCAGGCUCCUUGAAAUUCAACAGCACAGAGAAGUCCCUGCAGCGCCAGCUCAGACCGUUGUUCAAGAACACCAGUCUGGGCCCCCUGUACUCCGGCUGCAGACUGACCUUGCUCAGGCCCGAGAAGGAUGGGGCAGCCACUGGAGUAGAUGCCAUCUGCACCCAUCGCCCUGACCCCAUGGGCUCUGGGCUGGACAGAGAGCGGCUGUACCAGGAGCUGAGCCAGCUGACCAGAGGCAUCACUAGGCUGGGUAUCUACACCCUGGACCCAGACAGUCUCUACAUCAAUGGUUACACCCGCAAGACCCAGGCCACCACCCCCAGCACCACUGGCCCCACUCUGGUGUCCUUCACCCUGAACUUCACCAUCACCAAUCUGCACUACACUGAAGACAUGGGGCACUCAACUUCUUUAAAGUUCAACUCUACUGAGAGGAUCCUCCAGCACCGACUCAGGCUUUUGUUCAGUAAGACCAGUAUUGGCCCCCUCUAUGCUGGCUGCAGACUGGCCUCGCUCAGGCUUGAGAAGGGUGGAGCAGCCACUGGAGUGGACAUGAUCUGCACUGUCCACUCUGAUCCCAAAGGCCGCAAGCUGGACAGAGAGCAGCUGUACUGGGAGCUGAGCCGUGAGACACAUGGCAUCACCCGGCUGGGGUCCUUCACCCUGGACAGGGACAGCCUCUAUGUCAAUGGUUACACCUAUGGAGCUAUAGCCCCGACUACCACUACUGGGGAGGUCAGUGAGGAGCCAUUCACACUCAACUUCACCAUCGACAACCUGCGCUACUCAGCGGAUAUGGGCCUUCCCGGCUCCCUGAAGUUCAACAUCACGGACACCCUCAUGCAGCACCUGCUUGGCCCAUUAUUCCAGAGGAGCAGCCUCGGCGCCCGAUAUGCAGGCUGCAAGGUCACCUCACUAAGGUCUGUAAAGAAUGGCGCCAAAACAAGGGUGGAUAUCCUCUGUACCUACCGGCAGCACCCCAGCAGCCCGGGUCUACCUGCCAAGCAGGUGUUCCAUGAGCUGAGCCAGCAGACCCGUGGCAUCACCCGGCUGGGCCCCUAUUCUCUGGACAAGGACAGCCUCUACCUCAAUGGUUAUAAUGAACGCGGUCCAGAUGAGCCUCCUACAACUCCUGAGGUAGCCACCACAUCCCUGCCUCGUUCAUCAUCACCUGCACAACCAGAAGCCACCACAGCUACGGGACACAGUCUGAAGACCCUCACACUCAACUUCACCGUCUCCAACCUCCCAUAUUCAAUGGACAUGAGCAAUGGCUCAGCCAUGUUCAACUCCACCAAGAGGACCCUGCAGCGCCUGCUUGGAUCCUUGAUCCAGAGGAGCAGUCUGGGACCCUUCUACUCAGGUUUCAGAUUAAUCUCCCUCAGACCUGAUAAGGAUGGGGCAGCCACCCGUGUUGAUGCCAUCUGCAACUACCGCCAUGACUCCAUGGGUCAUGGGCUGGACAGAGAGCGACUUUACUGGGAGCUGAACCAGCUGACCCAUGGUGUCACCCAGAUGGGCCCCUACACCCUGGUCAAGGACAGCCUCUUCGUCAAUGGCUAUGCACCCCAGAAUUUAUCUACCCAGAGUGAGUAUCAGCUAAAUUUCCGCAUCAUCAACUGGAACCUCAGCAACCCAGACCCCACAUCCUUGGAAUACACAUCCCUGCAGAGGGACAUCCAGGACAAGGUCACCAAACUCUACAGAGACAGCCAGCUACAAGACAUGUUCCGCUCCUGCCUGGUCACCAACUUGACGUUGGGCUCCAUGUUGGUCACCAUCAAGACACUGUUCUCUUCUAAUGUGGACCCCAGUGUGGUGGAGCAAGUCUUUCUGAACAAGACCCUGAAUGUCUCAUCCCAUUGGCUAGGCACCACCUAUCAGCUGGCAGACCUGCAUGUGACAGAAGUGGAGCCAUCAGCUCACCUACUGACAGACAAACCAACAAGCAGUCCCAGCACCGAGCACUUCCAGCUGAAUUUCACUGUCACCAACCUACUCUAUUCCGAGGACAUAGCCCAGCCAGGCACCACCACACAUCAGCGAAACAAGCGAAGUAUUGAGAAUGCGCUCAACCAGGUCUUCCGAAACAGCAGCAUCAAGAGCUAUUUCUCUAGCUGUCAAGUUUUAGCAUUCAGGUCUCUCCCCCACAGCAACCACACUGGGGUGGACUCUGUGUGUAACUUUUCACCAUUGGCUCGGAGACUAGACAGAGUUGCUAUCUACUUGGAGUUCCUGAGGCUGACCAAAAAUGGUACCCAACUGCAGAACUUUACUCUGGACAGAAACAGUGUCCUUGUGGAUGGAUAUUCUCCCAACAAAAACGAUGUCUUGGCUGAGAAUUCUGAUCUCCCCUUCUGGGCCAUCAUCCUUAUCUGCUUGGCGGGACUGCUGGUACUCAUCACAUGCCUGAUCUGCUGCUUCCUGGUCACUGUCUGCCGGCGGAAGAAGGAGAGAGAAUACGAGGUGCAGCAGGACAGCCUAGGCUAUUACCUGCCACACCUAGACCUGAGGAAGCUACAGUGAGAGCUCUGCCUGAGGCUCCAACGGAGCUUGGCUGAAACAACAAUAAACCACAUUGGUCAGA